AGAUAUGUACGUACGUAUGGUAAAUUAUUGGAAACAGUAACCUAAAUUUGAUAGAUUUAGGAUAUUAAUUUAUAGAAUUGUGGUGAUUCGUAUUUAACAAUAUCUCUUUUUGUUUUGAUAUUUCCAUUGAUCGAUCAAUAUUUUCUUUUAUAACGAAAUCUCAGGUGUUAUUGUCAAAAUGAAUAUAGUACGACAUAGUGACUUUAACGUUUUAAAAAAAGUUCUAUGUUCAAUGCAGCGAUACCUACUUUAGUUAAUAUUCCAAUUAUAAUGGGGUUUUGUCGUGGAGAAAGUCUCGAAGAAAUUGUCUCAUACAUUGCAAAGAAUAUUUUUAUUCCAUAAAUAAAUUCAUGAUAAUUUCAGUGCUAUUUUAAUAUAAGUCAAAGUUUAAAGUCUUAUGUCUUAUUUCAAGUGUUAUUGAUUUAAUUAAUACACAUAAUGGAUAUACGAGGAAUAGAAGUGACAAAUCAACUUAGAAGUGCUAUACGUGCUAAGUUAUUAGAGUUAGGAGUACGCUACGAUGAGGAAUUACCAGAUUACAUUUUAGUAAUGGUAGUGAAUAAAAAGUCACGUCAACAAAUGCACGAAGACUUAAAUUUAUUCUUAGAAGACAGUACAACUCCAUUUGUAGAUUGGUUGCACGAUCAAGUUUUAAAGAAACUUCAAAAAGUAACAGUUGCUAAGAAGAAAUCAUCAAAAGAAUUUGUACCUACUGUUGUUGUUAAACAAGAAGAGGAAAGAAAAAAAAGGAAAACAUCUACGACAUCUUUUUUGGAAGAUCAUACAACUGACCAAAGCGGAACCGAAAAACCUACUGUAAAAAAUAUUAAAGAUGACAAAAGUUUGCAUAAACCGGUCACCAAGAUAACUUUGUUGAAUCAGAGUAACAAUGAUAAUGUUAAAAGUACAGAUAAAUGUCCUAAACUUGUACAUAAUGAAAAUAAAUCUAGUAACGUUUCAACACCUAUAAAUAAUCAGAUACAAGAAAAUAUUGUUACAAAAGAUAACACUUCAUUAGAAGUUACAAAAUCUAGCACUGAAGUUAAUAAAAAUACUAAGACACCUAAUACUUCAACAAGAAUUUUAAAGAGACCUUUAGAGUCUGGAAAUGAACAUAAUGAAUCUUUGGAGAAAAAGGAUAACGAUGGGAAAUUAUCCAAAUCUUUAGAAGAGAAUGACACUUCUCCAGAAGAUAAUGUUAAAAAACUGAAAUCAUUUGUUGUUUCUGUCAAGAAUCGUCUUGGUGUUGCUUCACCAAGAAAAAAAUUUGAAAUUUAUAGACAGAAGGCUGAUAAUGAAGCAAGACACAAACAAUUAGAAAAAAGAUUCGAUAAGAAACGAUUUAAUAAUAUUAAUUCACAACGUAAUAGAAAUUUUGAACUGGAGGAACGUGCAAAGAGAAACAGGGAGAUAGAAAUAAGACAACAAGAAGUUGAUAGAGCAAAUGAUAUUAAAAGUCGAUUGGGUACCAUUAGAAAUGAUCGAUCUAAUAAACUGAUUGAUAUCAAAGAUAAAGGUAAUCCUAAUUUCAAAUCUAAGAUUUUACCUGACAAAUUGGCGGGUAGUAUAAAAGAUCGGCUAGGAAUAGGCAACGCUCAUAGACUUCAACUGAAAUCAACGCUAGAUACAGUAGAAUAUAAGACUAACAAAUGCUUGGAACAAGAUCGUAAUACUUUAAUAAGCAACAAGAAUAUUAAAACUAGAUUAGGACCAUUAAAAAAUAAUUUCAAACCAGUGAAUUCUAAAAAUUAUUUGAAUCCAUUUGUUCAAUCUUCCAAUGUUAGCAAAGAUGAGGAUCCACCAGAAGUUGGUAUUGAAGAAGAAUUAAAUGACGAAGUGGAUGAAGAAGUAAAUUCGGGUCCUCUUAAAUCUCAUAUAAUAGCUGUAAAAAAAUCCAUACCGCCAAAGACUGAAAAAAAACGAAUUAAAGCUAUAGACAAAGUUAAUAAAAAAAUAUCUAAUAAUGUGGACGAUGAAGAGAUUGAAGAAUCUAAGCUUCCCAGUAAAGUUAUUGUGACGCCAAGACCUUUGAAGCCAUUGCAACCUCUUCAGAAACGUGCGACGCAAUCGUUAUUACUCAGAGCAGUUGCUGAAGCCAAUCAAUCGGUUGUUAAACAGAAGAAUCCAGAACCAUGUUUAAUGGAGAAGAAACCAGUUUUGAAGCAUCUUAGGCCAGCAGCAGCUCCAUCGAGGGAAUUAAGCCAAAGUUUGUCGGUACGUUUUAAUGCUAAUAAGAGGCUCGUCAUGGAGAAAAUUCAAGUUGAAUUAAAUACAGCGGAUUCUACUGAAUCAGAACCUAAACCUUAUAUGCCACAUGUCACUGACGAACACAUGGGGGUUGUGAUGUCUCUAUUCCAAAGAAACGAUAAUAACCAAAAGUUUUUAGUUACUUUAAAUGGAUAUAAUAAUAAUCAUACAAAAGAAAAAACUAGUUCUGAUGACGAAGAACGUUUAGAAAUGGAGGUAAACGAAGACGAUGAAAUGGCAUUGUUAACAGUACAGAAUGAUACCCUUGUACCAAGUGAUUCGGAUCCAAACGUUCUACGGAUAACUGACUUGGAUGAUGAUGCUGAUUCAAUUAUAAAAGAUAUAAAUGAAGAGAAUAAUGAAAAUUGUAACAUAGAAAAUGUAGAAGUUGUUGAGAAUAUACAAACAAAGAGAAGAAAAUUGAGUCCAAUAGUAUACAAUAGAUCUCACUCACCAAGUCCAGUAGAAGUAAAAUCUACAAUAGUUUAUGGUAGUAGUGUAACGACGACUAAACGUAAAAAACCAAACAUUGAGAGCAGUGUAUCAACGGUGAUCGAUAAAUCAAAAGAAAAAUGUCGAUAUUGGCCUAAUUGUACUCUCGGAAACAAAUGUGCAUUUAUGCAUCCCACAGUUAUAUGCAGUGCAUUCCCGGCUUGUAAGUUUGGAGACAAAUGUGCGUACAAACAUCCCAAAUGUAAAUUUGGAUUAUCUUGUACAAAAUUAGGAUGCGCAUUUUCUCAUCCUACUCAACAAUGCAAAUAUCAUCCUUUCUGUAACAAACCUAAUUGUCCAUAUUCACAUCCUGUAACGACACACGCAGUGCUUGUACCCGAAGCAAACACUCAAAGAGCUAAAUUCACAUGGCGAAGAAGCGAUUGAGUAAACAAAUAUUUGUUAGAUCUUAUUAAUGUGAGAUUUUAAUAGAUCUCUUAAGGAUUAAAUUGUACAUAUUUUAAUUCGUUCAUAAUAUUAAUAAUAAUAAUAAUAAUUACAUAGACUUAUUGCCAACUUUGUACAAAAAAUGGGAAUGAAACAAAAAGAAAAAAUAUUAAACCGAAAAUUAGUAUUUGAGUCUUUCACGAUUUAUCUACA